AACACCCAUUAUAAUUUCCAUCCCUCAUCAUCACCUUUCUCACUCACUCUCUCUCUCCCUCUCCCUCUAUUCCUCUGUCUCUCUCAAGAGACAACACAAAACAAUGGACAAAAAACCGUGCAACUCAUCUCAUGAUCCUGAAGUGAGAAAGGGGCCUUGGACCAUUGAAGAAGACUUGAUCCUGAUCAACUAUAUUGCAAAUCAUGGUGAAGGUGUUUGGAACACCUUAGCUAAAUCUGCUGGUCUUAAACGUACGGGAAAGAGUUGUAGACUCAGGUGGCUGAAUUACCUUCGCCCUGAUGUUAGAAGAGGGAAUAUUACACCUGAGGAACAGCUUCUAAUCAUGGAACUUCAUGCAAAAUGGGGAAACAGGUGGUCCAAAAUUGCCAAACAUCUUCCAGGGAGAACUGACAAUGAGAUAAAGAACUUCUGGAGGACAAGGAUACAGAAGCACAUUAAGCAAGCUGAGAGCUUGCAACAACAACAGAGUUCUUCAGAGAUAAAUGAUCAUCACCAAACAAGCACUAGCCAGAUGUCUACCAUGGCAGAGCCCAUGGAUACCUACUCUCCACACUCCUCAUCAUACCACCACCACCAAGGAACUUUAAAUUUGGAGCCAUCAUCAUUUCCAUUAUCUCAUCAAUUCCCAACAACAAUCACUACUCAUGAUCAUCCAUCAAGUUGUUGUACCAAUGACAACAAUAGCAACAACAACAGCAACAUUAACUUCUGGAGCAUGGAGGAUAUCUGGUCCAUGCAACUACUGAAUGGUGAUUAAUUAAACCUAUGCAUAUAUAUUAAUUAAUAAUAGAUAAAAACAUAUAAUUAAGAUAUAUAUAUAUAUAUAUAUGCAUAAGUGCUUAAUUAUGUGUCACUAAGCUCUGGCUGAAUAACAUUAUUAGGUCUGUUUAUAUAAGUAGUUAAAUUUGGCGAUUUAGUAAAUUAGUAGUUAUGGGUUGUAAUAUAGAGGACUUUAUACUAUAUAUAUGCUUAAGCUUAUAUUAUAUAGUAAAUUAUGAGAUAGUGGGGGUGUGGAUAGUAUUAGAUUAUGUGUUUGGGGAGCAUAAUUAAUAUAUUCUCAUCAGUGGCGCCUGCAGGCAUGGUAGCUCGUGUUUUAGUAAAUCCUAUAAAUUAUUACCUUUCUCAAUGACUGCUUUGUCUCAAAUGUAUUAAGUAUGUUGCUUAAUUAGUUCA